UUACAAACCUCCCUCUUGCAGCCGGAAAUUCGUGGUCCAUCAGGCUUCCGCUGACAAACAGCGGGGUUGUUGAAGAGAGGAAAUGGAGAACUUCAUCCUUUAUGAGGAGCUUGACAACGAUGGCAGCUUUGUCGUCUAUAAAGGGAGACGAAAGAGCAAUCUCUGCUACGUUGCCAUCAUCUGCACAGACAAAACCAAGAGACCCGAGAUCACAAACCAUGUACGACUGAGCCAGGAUCUGAAUCAUCCAAAUAUUAUGCGCUUUUAUGAAUGGUUUGAGACAAGUAAACACCUCUGGGUGAUAGUGGAGCUCUGUACAGGCGGUUCCCUGGAGUCUGUUGUCGCUCAUGAUGGAAACCUGACAGAAGACAUUGUGAGAAGGUUUGGAUGGGACUUAAUCAAAGGAUUAAGAUACAUCCAUGAAUUGGGAAUCAUCCUGUCAGACUUCACCCCAGCAAAGGUUCUUCUAGAUGGUAGCGGCAUUUUGAAGUUUAGUAACUUCUGUCUGGCCAAGGCGGAAGGAGAGACUCUGGAGGACAUUUUUACAACGCUUUCUGCAUCUGAGGACCCAGAGGAAGGAGACGACAAGGACAUAAGAGCAAGAGUGCAAGGUUCUUCAACCUACAGUGCUCCAGAGGUUUUGCAGGGAUCAGAAACCAGUAGGAGAUCUGAUCUCUGGGCUCUCGGCUGUGUGCUCUACUAUAUGUACACUGGUAAACCUCCUUUCUGUUCUGAUAACCACACUGAACUGACAGAGAUGAUUUUGCAUCAGGAACCGCCACCUCUAAGACAGAAAGUGUUUCUCCCAAAUCGUCCCAGUCAGGAAUUCCAGAGCCUCCUGAAAGGUUUAUUAAAUAAAAACCCAACCAAGAGAUUCAGCUGGUCGGAGCUGGUGGGUCAUCCUUUCUGGACUCAAGUAAAAAUGGAAGAAGAUUAUGCAAAAUAUGAGAAAGCUGAAGAUGUCAAUGGAUGCAAAAGGACACCCAGCCCUUUUCCUGGAGGAAACUCAGUCAGACAACCCAGUAGCCACUCAGCAAUUAGCCAGACAAAGGGCCUAUCAAAAUCUUCUCAUAUGACAAAUGUAGCCGACAGGCCGUAUGACACAGAAGAACAAUCUGUUACACCUGUGUCUGGUGGAAGGUUAAAUUACAAAAACUCAAAUAAGGAGGUGAGAUGUGGAAAAGCAAUGGCGGACCAAGUUGAGACGAGAGAUCUGUCUCAACCGAAGCAGGGAGAUCCACAGCCCACAAAACCAUAUAUGACAGGUAAUGUUCGAGAGCUGAAACCAAAGAACGGGGUGGAUCAAGACAACACUGAUACAAUCUUUCUACUUAGCAACUCAAGAAACUUAUGCAGACUCUCAGACCUAUCACACCAGAACUCUGAGCUUGAGAUUGUCACUGACACUGACAUUGCAAGCUGUGUGAAACGCCUUCUACACACCGAGUUUGACCUGAGUGUUACCCGAAUCAUUGACAAUCCAAAGAUACUUAAGAGUACUCCUGUACGAUUUGAUCCCAAAACCCUCUGUGUACCAGCAUAUUCAGUGGAGAAGCUGCUUUCACUGAGUGAUGAUGAGUGGACUGGUUUUCUGCUACAACUUCAUUCAUGCUUUGAAGAAAAGAAGCCAACCACGCCACUCCCCUCCUCUUCUGCUCUUCCUCAGUCUACAGCUGUUCGAUCUAGACUCAACCUGCUGUGCUACCUCUGCUGUGUAGUUGGCCACACAGUUAUUGCUGAUAGGCUGAUUAACUCAACACUGCUUUCUGUAUUGACCCAGCAGUUACGGCAAGCUCCAAACUGGGAUUUACGAAGCAAGAUCCUCAGAACGAUGGGUCUUCUGGCUUUGUACUGUAGUCAUCUUGAAGAGGACUGCCACGUUUCUGAGGCUGUGUCAACUCUAGCAGACCUGCUGCGGGAUAAUCUCAGGAAUAAUAAACUGAAACAGUUCCUGCUGCCACCACUAGGGGAGUUUCUCUACAUGAUGUCUACUGAGGAGGAGAAGAGAGGCUCCCCAGAGGGACUGUGGUUCGUUCCUGCUGCCGCCUACACUGGCUUAAUGAGGAGCCUGCGGGAAGGGGAUGAUGCCGUGGUUCAUCAUAUGGCUGCAAAAGCCGUAGAAAACGUCUCUUCAACCGUCUCUGGUUUCUCUCGUCACCUGGCUACCACAGAGAUGGGCGCCGCUUUGUGGUUCCUGUUCAGUCACUCGACGGUGGAGGCCGUCAGAGUCACUGCCAUCUCUUCUCUUUCAAGGCUAACCCGGCUGGACCCAGCAGUCUUCUUGUCGGUGAUUGACACCUGUGGCCCCGCAGCCGUCUUGGAGGGCAUAGGUGGAGCAGGGUCCAGGGUGCAGCAGCACCUGCUCACUGCCGUGGCCUCUGCCCUCCUCGCCUCACACAUCCACAAACAUCGGAUCACACAGAGCCGGGAUCUGGUUCUGAAAGUGCUACGUUGCUUGGAGAGCCCAUCUGCUGUAACGAGAGCCAAAGCAUUACUGCUGUUACUGCUGCUAACACAGGAGAACACACACAUGCUGCUUUACUGCUGUCAGCACAGACUUGUGAUGUACCUGGAGAGAGACCUGCGGAAAGCUACUCCUGUCAGAGACAACCCCAGCCAAUCAGGAUACCUCUGUCAGUGUCUGGAUUUACUGCUGCUGCAUUUUAGUCGAACUGCACCGGUGAUAAUGGAGGAUGUCUUGUCUGCAUUGAGUGACGUGAUUGGGAGGAAACACCCGUCUGCAGCUCAGAGUAGACAGCUGAAACAGACUUUGCCGACAUUGUCUGUAGUUCUGGAGCUCCUUUCAUCUCAGGUCUUCAGAGCUCGAAUUGUAACCCAGGAGUUCCUGGUUCAAAUUGGAUUGCUGCUUAACUACAUUAUUUCUGUGGAGUCGAGUGAAACUAACCUAUCCAGUGGUGUGGGUGUUGCAAUAUGCGAAGAGCUGAUUAGAACAUCUCUGUCCAUUGUGGAGGUCCUGAGUCAGCACCAUACUCUAGUCACUCAGUAUCAUUGUGCUGUUGCGGAUGCUGUCCUACCUCCUCUGACAACUCUGGCUUUCAGCAGAAAUGUGGAGUGGUCGGUGUUUGUUUUGAAGGUGCUGUCUGAACUCAGCCUGGUUAUGCUCGUCCAAAAAGAUGAUGAAAAUGCUGAUGAAAAUGAGGACAAAAUAGAGGGAAAGAGAUUAAGGGGAGAGACAGAAGGAGGAGCAGCUGAAAGAAGUGGAGAUGGAAGAUCCUGCAGCCAAGUCUUAUCUGUUUUCACCAAAUCUCUACUUUCAAGGUUUGAAGUUCUUCUUUGUGCAGCAGAACCUAUCCCACUCUAUGCUCUGAAGCUGCUGGUAUCAAUGACUGAGCACAGCACUCAGAUCUGCAGGUUGAUCAAUCAGGGCAGGAUCCUCCCAGUUGUCUUUCAGCUCAUUAUGGCCAACAGUGUCACCAGUGGAACAGUCCAGAGCGCAGUCGUCCUGUUGUGUAAUCUCAGCGGAGACACAGUGAAGAAUCACCAACAGCAUCAGCAAGAGCUGGUGGAGGUGCUGGUGAACACUCUCUCGGAAGCUGCGCAGGUUUACCUUGAUGGAGAAAAGCUUGCUGGAAGGAAGAUCAGCCUGGUUGUCCUGCAAGCUCUUUUGGAACUGCUACACAACGUCCUAAAGCAAACAUCAGGUGUUGUGCGAACUGCACUGCAGAGCCAGAGGCUAUCUUGUUCAGCAGCAGAAACGGAGGCAGCAGAGAAACUGCUCAUAGCCAACAGACCCUUGAGCCAACUGAGCACUCACCUCAUCCACAUGCUGUCCACUGAAAACCAGGAAGUGUGGGAGGAAUCCAUUCAGUGUCUGUCCUUACUGGUGCAGCUGUAUGGCGGAGAGGGUCAGGACUGCUUGUCACCUUCGUGUUUACAGAGUUUCUCCCUUCUCCUGCGCACUCACAUGAACUCCGAGAACCCCCGGAUCCAGCGCACGGCUCUGAGGAUCAUUAAACGGCUGAUACAAACUGCAGAUCGGUCUGGUUGGCUGGAAUGUCCUGAAGGAACGGGCCUAACCAAUCUGCUUCAGGAUAUUGUCGAGUCCAACAGGUGUCCUGCUGAUGUGGCCACACGGGCUGCAGAAAUCCUCCAGGAGCUCUCUGGAUCCUAGACGUUUUUCCAUCUUCCACCUCCAGUGACCCUCGCGUGACCCCGACAGUAACGGCAUUUUACUGCUCUUCAAUCCGGUGCUGAUGGGACACUCAUAAAGUUUGUCUGUCUGGGACUGAAACAUCCUCAGAAACAGGACUUUUUGUUUGGCUGGUACUUGAAAACCAAUCAGAGCUCGGCUCGGUUGGGUUCGGCGUUUCGCUUGUUUUAAUAAAUUUGUUGUGAUGAUUUGAGUCUCGGUCAGCAGCUCCUGCACGCCGAAAGCUUCACGCGCCGCUAAAUCACGCAGUUCGGAUAUCGGCCCGUUCGUUGUGACUCCCUUCAGUCACAAGAUGGAUCAGUGACGGAAAAGAAUGUUGCUGUUGUCACCAGAGUUGACAGCUCAUUUGAAAACAUCCAUCCGUCUGCACAGGAUUACAUCAUGAGCAGUAAUUCGGCCUGUCACAUGCAUCACAGCACUGACCUUGGAGUCUGUUGAGAUGCUCCCAUUUGGCUUUAAUGACAGAAUAUUGACUCAUUAGAUUAGCUCUCAGCGUGGCUGUGUGUGUGUGUGUGUGUGUGUGUGUGUGUGUGUGUGUGUGUGUGUGUGUGUGUGUGUGUGUGUGUGUGUGCUGUGACAGUCAACAAUGAAUACUCUGCCUCUACAGCACAACACUCAGGAGAUAAAUGAGCUUAGGUCAGCACAGACCUGUGUUCAUGAUGGCCUCUUCUAACAGGAGAGCCUGUGAAAAACGGUUGGGAUUUCAUUUAAAAAUAUAAAUACUUUGCACUUUGUAUGUUUAGUGUGGACGAGGUCAGACGCGGUAAUACAAUCUGAGCACAUGCGACACAGGAGAGUUCAUCUAUUAAUGACGGCGGUGCCGGCAAGCUUUGGAAAAAGGAUCUGCCAAGUGUGAAAUUCAAGUGUCCACACACUCUCACACACACACACACACACACACACAGUCACCUGCAGUUUCACAGGGCAUCAGUUCGGCGUCAACGGGAGCCGGGAGCUGUGGAUGGUUCACAGCUGCGUCUGCCGCUGUUGCACGACGUCGACUUCAUCGGGAAAGUGAAACGCUGUUUGAAAAUAACUCAGCUGUUGACGUUCCCAUUGAAGAAUACAAGGAAAAUAUCGGGAGACUAAUCAGGCAGAAAACAGUAUGAAACUGUAGAUAGAAAAUACACUAUAGAUGCACUGCAGAAUCAAGAUCUCAGAUUUUCUAGCGUAAAACUUGAACAUUUCUGAGUUUUAAAAAUGAGCUCCUGCUCAAUUUCUAUUACUCUAAAAAUUUCUGAAUUUUUUGGAGUAGAAAUUUACACGAAUACACUGUUGCACAAAAAUCCCAACUUUAGCCUGGAAAAGGGGAAUUUCUUUUUAAGGACAAUUCUGGAAAAAGGAGUGAAUAACACUUCCAGUGUUCACUCCUAAUUUUAUCAUCUAUUUCCAUCAAGUAGAACAUAAAUGCAAGUGUACAGGCUGGAGGUUAAUUAUCUUUUUAUGGGAUGUUUCCGCCCAGUAAACCAAAUGCAUCAAGGGUUUGAAGUCAGCGGUUUGUUUCCUCCAGGUUUUAACAUGCUUCAGAUGAGUCUAGUUUUUAUAAAUGAUGUGACCUCAGCGUCACUAUGGUCUCCUCUAGUUGACCCCAGUGUGCUGUUUAAUGAAUUCUUCCAGUGGGGUGAAAUAUUGCAUUACUUGGAUGUUUCUGUGGUCUGUGAUGCCGUCCUCAUGACUCGAGACGUUUUCUCAUCUGUUAAGACACUUUAAGCCGAGUUACAAGUCUGAAUGAUUGUUCUGUUCCCACCUGCACAAAAAUACCUGUGAAUCUGCUAAUUAGUCAGGAGAAUAUCCUGGUAAAAAUGUGAAAUGUUAUAAAGUGGUGCUGAAUACGUGAAGAAGAGUUCAAGUUUCUCAAAACCAAACUUGUCGCUGAAAUGAGACAGACACCUGGGUGAAAUGACAGUCCGUUUUAUUGUUUCAGAACACAGCAGGCUACAAGCAACCAGCGCCUCACUACUUCACCCCUUAGUAACAGCAGACCAAUAGGAGCACGUCUCCACCCCCGUUCUUACAGACACGCCCACCCAGCUCGGUCAGCUAACCCCCCUUUGGAACAGCUGGGACACGUCGGUGUCCUCCUUUAAAGCAAGAAAAUAGCUCGAUAUUUGGACCAUGAUUUCCAAUUCAUGUUUUUUUUGUUUGUUUUUUUUUUUUGUACAAAA